GAGACUGCGAAGAGUCAUAAUGAAUAGUGCUCAACAUUGUCGUCUGCUGCUCGUUACUGGUUUGUCCCUUGUUGCCAUGGCUGUCUGCAUCAUCAUUCCUGACUCAGCCCAGGAAGUGGGGAGAAGGUGGGUGUAUUACGAGUACAAGGCCCGCAUUUCCGUCGCAGAACAAGUGUGUCGCAAGGAGGGAGGAAACUUGUUAGCAGUUGACACGCUUUCUAAAGUCCAGCAACUUCACAAUCUUUCUGAUUUCCUAUACAGGACGUACAAGAAGACGCUGGACGUCAUCAUCACGGCUCUGUGCAUUGGCGUGGACGGCCAGGUGUACGUGCGCAACUCCAGCGGCUGCACCCUGGCCAACGCAUUUUCCCGCACCAUCUGGAAGGACGCCACACAGCCGACGUACAAGGCUGACAAAAACUGUGUUGUCUUCAAGUUCAACGACGGGUACGUCUUGGAUGAAGAGGCUUGCACCUCGGGGCAUGAUUUCGUGUGCGAGCUUCCGUCUUCAGAUUUCAUUGAAAAGUCCAACAUGACCCUGACUGCGGUUAAAGUCCUCACCAACACGAAGACAGUUUGCCAGGAAACUUGUCUUCAGAUGACUGGAUGUUAUGCGGCGAUGCCUAGCAACGAUACUACUUCCACCCAGUGUUAUCUCCUCCUGGUAGAGAGCAACAGUAGCACUAUGAUGGCAUACCGCCCCAACCCUUAUGGCUACAACAAAACGGCUCUUAAUAUACAGCCGACAACUGGUACGAGUACCAGAUGCUGCCCGGAUGCGACCACUAACACACCCAGUGUCGGAGAGAUCAUGUCUUCAGGUGACGUGCAGAGCCAGGCCCCGAGCGGCACGACUGCGCUGUACGCGUGGAGUGACGCUGCGACACGUCAAGUUGCAUGCACACCACAAACGCAGUCUACUGUUGUCACGAUGGCGCCCGACGUGCUAACAUCUUUCCUAACGCUGCCAUCCGUGGUGUGGACUAACGGGAUACUGGGCACUGUGACUGUCAUGCCAAAUUUGACCGUGACCAUGACCAUGACGUACCCAACUGUCCUUGUCACUUGCUUGCCCUUCGUUCCCCAAGUUUCUGUUGUCGCCAACGGCCUUAGCUGCCCCAUUGCCCCCAAUGUGUCCAGCUUCAACGAUCUCUCCGGCAUCCUCAACUUGCUCUCCGCCCGCAACAUUCACAGCGUCCUACCCCUCUCUGGUCUCAACCAAACCGUCCAGGAUAUGGCGGUCCUGCUCAACGCCCUACUGAACAAUAUUGUGAAUGAACAAUUAGGAGGCGCUGUGAAUGACUUGGUGAAUGGCACCAUCCAUAACCUGGGUCUGAUGAACGUCAAAGACCUGGCUGUCAAUCACACCACAGUGUCACGUGCACGAAGGAAGAAAGAGAGUGCGCCAGACCAGCGGCCAUCUGCACAGUCUUUGGGCAUCUCGGCAAUCUGCCUUCUCUUCUGCAUCAUGUUGUGUAUCAUCUUCUUCGACUUGCCCGUACUCUACCGUGGGCUUUGUCCAAGACGGCCCGAUGAAAGGGCAGCGCUGCGUCGUCAGACUCAAGUGAUGUGACGAUGCCCUUUGACUUUGGGGUCAACUAGCCCUCGAGUAGAGUUCAGGACGAGAUCACGGGGGACACAUCACACACCCACUGGCCUGGGGCAAAACAAAACAACAAAAAAGUGACCUUGUCAUCACACUCCAAACCGAUACCAUUGAUGUGUACGACACCAAGUCAUGUGAUCUCGUGUUUACAAUUCGAUUUGAAAAUCACUCGGACACAAAUUCUGGACUCUGCAUUUAUCGCGAAAAUGUGCACAAAACACUCGAAUAUCGAUGCGCGAAAGUGUUUCAAUGUAACAAUCAAGAGACGGUCAAAAGACCGAGGCUUGUGAAGAACAUUUAGAAACUCAUUUCCGCGCCGCAGACCGCGACAAGCAGAACCAUUGGGUAGACCGGGUAGAGGGUGGAAAUCAAAGCGCGUGCAUUUGUUGUCGUCUGCAAAUGGUGAAGCUUGUGCAGCACGCGGCUACUGAUGUAAAGUUCGUGAUUUUUUUUUUCCAGUUAGCCUGGUCGGAGUUUUUAAUAUAGCGACGAUCUUUACUUUUAUCCGAACAUGGAUUUCUGCCUAUAGGAAAUUCUCAUUUGUGCUCGUUUAUGUUACCUGCUUUUGACCAUCUUUCUGUGAGCUACACAAGACUGCAGUCCUAACAUUUCUUUGAGUGAAAAUCGGUGUUGGGUGAAAGAUGUGGGGUACUGGGAGGUCUUCACUGCAAAAAAUGUUAUGCACAGCGACACUUUGUGGCCAAACGCACUUUCUUCAAGUCACCAACAUCCACCCCCUUCGGUGUAUAUCUCUCAUUUGUGAAAUCAUAAUGUAGGGAGGCAACGAUAAAACAUCCCUCCCCCAGCAACUAAGAUAUAACAAGUUAAGGACCAGGAAAGACAUAAAGCUUAUAAAACUUGAGAAAUAAGCAGUAACAUUUUAAUUUCAUCAUUGGAUAGUAAGUUGUGAGAAUAAUUUUUCUUGUAAACUUAUUUCAAGACAUAAGUUAAACAGCCCUUACUCCAGUGUCAGUGUCAGUGUUCACUUUGACAGCCAACCACGUGUGUGGCCGCCGUUUCUUGCCACACCAUCAGUGCUUCUUUCUCGCAAAAACUGAACAAGUGCCGCUAACAUCCCCUUACUGGUAUCACUAUGAAGAUACUCCGAAAGUCGCCAGAGAUGGAUAUAGAGCAAAGAAGAAUGAACUUUGAUUACAGGAGUUAGCUGUUCAGUUCUGUUCAACCAAUGUGCCACACCAAUGCUGGGCAGAGCUUCAUAUGACUACAAAUUCCAACAUCCAUAUAACAGAAUUGGAACCUAUCAGCCUAAACUCUGGUAAAUCUGAGGUUGCUGCUACGCCAUAUCCUGUCCAGCUUGACCAUCACUGCUGUCGCUCUUGUGAUUCUGAUGCGAA